AUGGCUCCCCCUAAACCCCCCAACCCCUCUUCUAAGGAAAUUUUAGAAGAAGCCCUUCAAAUCACUACCUUAAACCUAAACAAUGCAAUGCAAGAGACACAAGAGCAAAUGGAUGUAAGAUUCCACCAAAUCUCUACCGAAUUAUCUAACCUCCAAACAAGGUUUGAUAAUGAUAAAAGUGUGGAAGACUCUAGAUUUGACUCCCUCAUGGCUGCCAUUAACAAAAUCUCCUUUCAAAAAGAGCUGCAGCAAACCCUUACUACCCCUUCUGCUACUGUUCACGGAACAGGUACAACAAGCAGAUCCGCUACUGUUCACGGAUCCGGGACCACUGUUGGGUCCGCUACUGUUCACGAAACAGUACCGCCGGUCACCUCAACUACUGUUCAUGGAACAACAGUCACUUCAGCCCCAUGCUCACAAUUUCCUCCACAACACCCUUAUCCCAAUCUCUCCCAUAUACCACCCUUACCAACAGCCCGUACCCCAAAACUCGAAUUACCUAUGUUUGAUGGUUCCGGUCCUCUUGAUUGGCUAUUUCAAGCGGAGCAAUUUUUUAAUUUUUAUAAUAUGCCUCCGGAAAAUCGUUUAUCAUUAAUAUCUUUUUACAUGAAAGGUGAUGCCCUAAGUUGGUUUAAAUGGAUGCAUAAUAGUCAUUUAUUAUCUGAUUGGGCCUCGUUUACAAGAGCUUUAGAGUUGCGCUUCGGCCCAUCCACUUACGACAAUCAUCAGGCUGAAUUGUUUAAGUUAAAACAAGAAGGAACAGUGGUUGAGUAUCAAACAAAAUUUGAACAGUUGGGCAAUCAAGUGGUGGGUUUACCUCAAGAUGCUAUACUAAAUUGCUUUAUUUCUGGCCUUAAUGUUGAUAUAAAAAAUGAAAUGGCAAUUCAACGACCCACAAAUAUCUCACAAGCUAUUGGGCUAGCUAAGCUGAUUGAAGCAAAGCUUAAAGAUUCUAAACCUAAAUUCUCCAAAACCUAUGUUAACCCAUUUCCCAAAUCCAAUCCUACUUCCCUUUCUGCCCCAUACCAAAAAGGUCCUUAUAAUACUCAAGCCCUUACCGCUGUCCGAACAAAAAGCCCUUCUACCCAACAACCUUCCCACCUUCCCAUAAAAAAAUUAUCUCAAGCCCAAAUUCAGGAACGAAGAGCCCAAGGAUUGUGCUUUAAUUGUGAUGAAAAGUUCAUUCCUGGCCAUAAGUGUGCUACAGGCAGAUUCUUGAUUCUACUAUGUGAUGAUGAGGUCAUGGAACCUUCUCAAUUGGGUGCAGAACAGCUAGAAGUUAUAGAAGAAACAGAACCAAGAGACACUUAUUUUCAGCUAUCCACCCAAGCACUAACAGGCCAUUUUUCUCCUCAAACUCUCAAAUUUCGAGGAACUAUUGGAGGAUUACCGGUCAUGGUUUUAGUGGAUACAGGCAGCACCCACAAUAUACUCCAACCUCGCAUCGCUCAGCAUCUUAAUCUUCCAACUACCCCCAUUCCUCACUUUUCGGUGAUGGUUGGCAAUGGCUCACACCUUCAGUGUGAAGGAAUCUGCAACAAUGUCAAAUUGGUUUUACAAGAACAUCAAUUCAAAUUACCCUUCUACCUCCUACCUAUUGAGGGAGCUGAUAUAGUCCUAGGCAUGGCUUGGCUAAGGACACUUGGCACUAUUCAGGCUGAUUUCUCUAUCCCCUCAAUUACCUUUAACCACAACAACUCACCUAUGACCUUACAAGGGGAUUCUGCCACACUUCCCAAACACACCACUUUUCAUCAAUUCAAACAACUUGUCCACCAAGAUUCCAUUGCCUCACUACAUCUCAUGAUUUUUCAUCCCAGCCCCACAAGUAUACCUCACACAGAACCUCACCCAUUACAAAACCUACCCAAAGACACACCCCCCCAGCUUGCCAAACUACUUCACAAAUUCUCCAAAAUAUUUCAACCUCAUCUCGGCCUCCCUCCACCUAGACCCCAUGACCACCAUAUAAACUUACUUCCCAACACUGCCCCGGUUAACGUUAAGCCCUAUCGGUACCCUCACUCCCAAAAAACAGCUAUGACUACUAUCAUUGAUGACAUGCUUAAAGAAGGCCUCAUUACCCCUAGUCACAGCCCCUUCUCCUCCCCAGUUUUAUUAGUAAAAAAAAAGGACGGCACUUGGCGUUUCUGUGUUGACUAUAGAGCUCUUAAUGCUGUCACAGUUAAAGAUCGAUUUCCUAUACCCACAAUAGAUGAAUUGCUAGAUGAACUUGGUUCUGCCAAGUUUUUCACCAAACUAGAUCUACGCUCAGGUUAUCACCAGAUCCGAAUGGCAUCAGAAGAUACACAUAAAACAGCUUUUCGUACUUUCGACGGACACUAUGAAUUCUUGGUAAUGCCUUUUGGUUUGACUAACGCACCCUCUACUUUCCAAUCAGCAAUGAAUGAUCUUUUGCGACCUCACUUAAGAAAAUUUGUUUUAGUUUUUUUCGAUGAUAUUCUGAUCUACAGUUCUAAUUUUUCUGACCACCUAGCUCAUUUGCAGAUUAUUUUUGAGUUACUAAUGUCUAAUUUUUAUGUGGUUAAGUUGUCAAAAUGUGUGUUCGCAGUUUCUAAGGUUCAUUACCUAGGACAUGUUAUUUCUAGAGGAACAGUAGAACCAGAUGCAGAAAAGAUCAAGGCAAUUUUAGAUUGGCCUCAACCGCGCUCUCUCACGACACUCAGAGGUUUUUUGGGCCUUACCGGAUUUUAUCAUCGAUUUGUAAAGCCAUACGCCUCUCUCUCCGCUCCCCUCACUGAUUUGUUACGAUCCACUAAAUUUGUUUGGAGUACAUCAGCGGCCGCAGCCUUUACAGAGUUACAACAACGCAUGACCGACAUGCCGGUCUUAUCACUACCAGACUUUACAAAAAAAAUUGUUGUAGAAACAGACGCUUCAGGGGUUGCCAUAGGUGCUGUGUUGUCCCAAGACGGUCACCCAAUCGCCUUCUUCAGCAAGAAGUUAUGUCCUCGUAUGCAAGCAGCUUCAGUUUAUGUGAGAGAUGUUCGCUAUAACAGAAGCAAUAAAAAAGUGGCGUCAGUAUUUAAUUGGUCAAGAGUUUCAUAUCUACACGGAUCAAAAGAGUUUGCGGAAUCUGUUGCUCCAAAAGAUUCAAACUCCAGAGCAACAGAAGUGGGCAGCCAAGCUGCAAGGUUUUAA